AUGGAGGUGUACGUGGACGAUAUGCUGGUUAAAGCCCCCAAGCGGGCAGACCACCUCAAAAACCUCACCGAGGCGUUCAGCCUACUCCGCCAAUAUCGCAUGAAGCUAAAUCCAAGUAAAUGCACGUUCGGUGUAUCGUCUGGCCGAUUCCUAGGGUACUUAGUGAUGCAACGAGGUAUCGAGGCACACCUGCGCCAAAUCAAAGCCAUUCUCGAGAUGAAGUCGCCUUCCACAGUGAAGGAGAUACAAAGCCUGACGGGCAGAGCAGCGGCCCUUAACAGAUUCCUCUCAAAGUCUACCGACAAGUGCAGACCAUUCUUCAAAGCUUUGAAGAAAGGACAAAAAGACAAAUGGGACGAAGAGUGCGAAGUAGCUUUCCAGAAUCUAAAGACCUACCUUACUUCACCUCCCUUGCUCUCAAAGCUAGUUCCUGGUGAAGACUUGUUCGUGUACCUGGCAGUGUCCAACUCGGCCGUCAGCUCAGCUCUCAUCCGAGAAGAACUUGGGGCCCAACAUCCGAUAUUCUACACGUCAAAAGCUCUCCUCGAUGCAGAGACUCGCUACCCGAAAUUAGAGAAGCUCAUUUUGGCCCUUGUGGUUUCUGCGAGAAAGCUGUGA